AUUAUCAUCAUCAUCCUCAUCGUCCUCUUCCUCACUUUCUCUACUGUGAAAGGUACAUAUCUUGGCGUCUCCGCUACACUUUUUCUGCAUCUCGUCAAAAACCGCCAGCUACCUAAACGUGAAUCAAAAUGGCUGUGGUUCUGGCUUACUGGGACAUUCGCGGGCUUGCCCAGCCUAUCCGCCUCCUACUGGAGUACACCGGGACCAAGUAUGAGGACAAGUUUUACGUCUGUGGGGAAGCUCCAGACUAUGACAAAACCUGCUGGUUUGGUGAGAAAGAAAAACUUGGAAUGGACUUCCCCAAUCUGCCCUACCUGGUGGAUGGAGACAGGAAGAUAACGCAGAGCAAUGCCAUUAUGAGGUACAUCGCUCGUAAGCACAAUAUGUGUGGAGAGACUGAGGAUGAAAAAGUCCGAGUGGACGUGCUGGAGAACCAGUCCAUGGACUUUAGAAACGGGUUUGUGAGGAUGUGCUACACUGACCUUGACAAGAUAAAGCCAGGGUACCUCACCUCACUGCCAGAUACUCUGAAGAGAUUCUCUGACUUCCUGGGAGACAGGAAGUGGUUUGCUGGCGAUAAGAUCACCUUUGUUGACUUCAUCAUGUAUGAGCUGCUGGAUCAACACAGGAUGUUUCAUCCAUCAUGCUUGGAUGACUUUAAGAACCUCAAAGACCUUUUGGACCGUUUCGAGGCCCUUGAGAAAAUUGCUGCCUACAUGAAGUCGGACAGAUUCAUGAAGACUCCUGUCAACAACAAGAUGGCCAAAUGGGGAAACAAGAAGGAGUGAACACUAAACCCACAUCUGCCUUAGAAAUACAAACUGCUUUCCUUAAGUGGAAUUAACUGGAGAAACCUUAAAUUCAUAAGUAAAUUUACCAUAUUUUUUUGUAAUUCUUUAUUAACAGUGUGGCAAGGGCUGUACAUCAGAAAUAGCAGUCAACGUUGUUAGUUUCUUAACCAGAUGGAAAAUAGUCACUUAAUCCUGCAGUGUAGGAAUAUAUGCAAAUGAAAACUUUAAUUUACGAUCAAGCACUUCACAUUUUUUGUAAUCAUUGUUUUGUUGACAUAAUAAACUGAGUCCCUCGUCA